UAAAUAUGUUUAGAAAAUUGAACAAAAAUAUAUUUUUCAGCAAGUGAAUAUUUUGGUUUUUUUUAAUAUUUAAUAUCGUUUUUUUUUAAAAGAGACACAUGUUUUUUUUUGGAGUGAAUUUACAGUGUUGAGAAAGAGUGGUUAAGGAGUCGAGAAAAAAUAAGGAAGGAAUUAUAGUAGGGAAACCUGUUUAGUGAUUGGUGUUAAUUUAUUUUUGUUCUACUUCUGUCAGAAAGACGUGGCAAAGAGGCAAAAGUGUCAGCAUUAAUUUUGUUAUUUACUUUUUUAUUCAAAUAUUAUUAAAUUCCACCACACUGACAUUCUAUUCUUUUUUGAAAAAACAAAAGAAGAACAAUCAGUCGAGGUUCGAUAUUAUUAUGAGAAGGACAUAAGGAAGUUAAAUAUGUCAAAAGAAAUUAAUAAUAUCAGGAAGAGACCAUUGGCGACUUGUGCGAAUGUUUCGUACCAAGAUCACAAUGUCUCGCGUGUAAAAAGAGGCGAAGCCUUGGGCUUCACAAACGGUUUUCGAGGAUGCACCAUUUGGCUGACGGGCUUAUCGGGAGCGGGCAAAACCUCGAUAUCAUUUCAAGUCGAGGCCUAUUUGGUGAAUCGUGGAAUUGCAGCGUACAGCUUGGACGGCGACAAUGUGAGAACGGGACUCAACAAAAAUUUGGGAUUCAGCGAGGAGGACAGAACGGAGAAUAUAAGGAGGGUCGCCGAAGUUGCCAAAUUAUUCGCUGACAGUGGACAAAUUUGUCUCUGCAGUUUCGUAUCGCCCUUCGAAAAAGAUCGACAAAUGGCGAGGGAAAUUCACGAGGCCGGGAAAUUGCCAUUCUUUGAGGUCUUCAUUGACACGCCACUCGAUGUUUGCGAGGCGCGGGACACGAAGGGACUUUACAAGCGGGCAAGACGAGGAGAAAUAAAAAAAUUCACUGGAAUCGAUCAGGAAUAUCAAAUACCGCAAAAUUAUGAUUUGAGAGUAAAGACGGAAAAUUAUACAAUUGAGGAAUCGGCGGCGAUUGUCAUCAAUUUAUUGGAGAAGAAAAACUUUAUACCCGUGUUGCCGAAACCCUGGAUAAGCAUUGAGAAGGAACGAGAGAGACUCAAAGCGCCGCAACUCUUGGCGGAAACUUUAAAGUCCAUCGACAUUUCCACAAUCGACGUUCAAUGGUUGCAAAUUAUUGCCGAAGGUUGGGCGGCGCCUUUGAAAGGCUUCAUGCGAGAGGACCAAUAUUUGGAAGUGCAACAUUUGAAGACACUGACUGUGAAUGGAGUGGAAGUGAAUCAAUCAAUUCCGAUUGUCCUCGCGGUGACGAAGGAGGAUAAGGAGCGUCUCGAAAAUGAAACGAGAAUUUGUCUCCGCUAUAAUGGAAAAAAUGUGGCGAUUUUAGAAGCACCGGAAUUUUAUUUUCAUCGUAAGGAGGAGCGAUGUGGUUGGCAAUUCGGAACGACGAAUAUCGCGCAUCCUUAUGUGAAAAUGAUUUAUGAAUCUGGCGAUUGGCUGGUUGGCGGUGAGGUGGAAUUGCUGUGUAAAAAAAUAUUGUGGAACGAUGGACUCGAUGAAUAUCGAUUGACGCCAAACGAAAUAAAACUCAAGUGCAAAGAAAUGAAGGCCGACGCAAUUUUUGCAUUUCAAUUGAGAAAUCCCAUUCAUAAUGGACACGCACUCCUCAUGCAGGAUACGAGAAAAAAACUUUUGGAGGAGAAAGGUUAUAAAAAUCCAGUUUUGCUCCUUCAUCCAUUGGGCGGAUGGACAAAGGACGAUGACGUUCCUCUGAAAGUACGAAUUGAACAACACAAAGCAGUUCUCGACGAGGGAAUUCUCGAUUGGAAAUCAACUCUUUUGGCGAUAUUUCCAUCUCCAAUGAUGUACGCUGGACCAAUCGAGGUUCAAUGGCACGCGAAAGCGAGAAUGAAUGCCGGAGCAAAUUUUUACAUUGUCGGAAGGGAUCCAGCUGGGAUACCGCAUCCAAAUCCAAGUUCAACGCCAGAUGGAAAUUUAUACGAUCCAACGCAUGGUGCGCGGGUAUUGGAGAAAGCACGUGGUCUACGUACACUCGAAAUUAUUCCAUUUCGCGUCGCCGCCUAUGACGUGAGAAAUAAAAGAAUGGCAUAUUUCGAGGAAGAGAGAGAAGAAGAUUUUCGACUUCUAUCCGGAACUAGAAUAAGACAUCUUGCGAAAAUGAACGAAACACCACCGGAAGGUUACAUGGCACCGAAGGCAUGGAACAUACUCGUCGAUUAUUAUCAAAAUUUAAAAUCGUAGCAAGUUUUUUUUCUUUCUUUAUAAAAUUAAGGUAAAAAAACAAAAAAAUAUUUUAUUUUGCUCUUUAAAUAUGUAAUUUA